UACAUAAUUGGUGGAGGCUCAAAGGGUUUUUAAUCCAGCUUUUAAAAUUUGGACUUUUCCGGUUACCUCAUUGAAGAUUCAAUUUUUGUGGUUGCAUUUUUCAUUAUUAAAUAUAUGUUUUUAUUUCAGUGAAAUUAUGGGUGAAAUAGUUGAGUUUAAACCUUACGGGGCUCUAGAAACAGUUAGUAGGAUGAAUUUCGAGGAUUUAUUGAAUUUGUGGAACAAUAAUUGAUUACUAAUAAUGGAUUUUAACGGAUGGAGAAUGAUGAUUAUAAUUGAACAGAUUAAUUUUGAGAUUCACGAUAUUGGAAGAUUUACGAUUAUUAUUGAUUUUGAAUUGCAAAAGCUAUGACAAUUGAAGAUUUUGUACGAUUGCAAGAUUUAUUAUCAAUUCUUAUUAUAAAGAAUUAGAUAUUUAUGAUGAAUGAGAAAUUAAUGAUUAUUAAGAUAUGAUUGAAUAGGAUAAAUUUAUUAUUAUUGGAGAGAUAUCGAUAUUUGAGAUAUGGAGAAUUUAUGAUUAUUGAAACCAGAUUAAUUGGAAAUUUAUUAUUUAUUAUUGAAUAGAAUUGGAUUGGAACAGAUUAACAAUGGAAAAACUUAGACCGUUACUAUUACCGAAAUUUUUUGAUGGAAAAGAUGAAGAAUUUGACAUUGAUGAUUUUUUCAACUAUUUUGAAAAGGUUGCCUUAGCGAACGGUUGGGAUGAAAAAGAUAAUUUAUUAUACUUGCGGUUUUGUUUGAAAGGAAGUGCUGAGAAAUAUUUUGACGUUAUUGAGAAUGAUUUGACUCGACAGGACAAAUUUGAAUAUAUGCCAGUGAAAGAAAAAUUGGUUAAUUUCUAUCGAUCUCCUCUCAAAUUGUGGAAACUAGAAAAGGAAUUAGAUACUUGUAGCAUGGAAUUUGAAGAAGAUGGUAGAGAUUUUGUAGCACGAGUCUUAUCCCUAUGUAGAAAAGUAGAUUCGAAUAUGCAUGAAUCUCGGAUUAUCAGGAUAAUUUUAAGAGGUUUGUCUUCAAAUAUAUUUGAAAGAAUUAUAAUGUUAUCAAAUAGUACUAUUGUAGAAUUGUAUAAAAAUAUUGAGAAAUAUGAAUUAUCAUGUCAGUAUUUGAAUGAGUGGAAAUUUGGACAGGUGCAAGUAAUUAAUGAUAUUAUGGAACCAGAAUUUGAAGAACUAUUGGAAAUCGGAAAUGAGUUUGAAAAUGAGAAUUGUUUAGAAAAUGCUAUUAUCUGUGAUGAUUUUGAUUCUUGUAAUUAUUAUGUUUCAAAUGAAGUGGAUGUAUAUUGUCAUGUUAGUAACUUCGAGAUUGAAAAUGGGUUGGAUGAAGUUCUUAUUUGUAAUGAUUGUGAUUUGAAUGAGGAAGAUAUAAUUUACAAAGAGGAUAAAGAUAGGGAAAUGAUUAAGGAAGAGUUAUCAGAUUUAUCGGAAAGUGAUUUGGAUUUCUCUUUUACGAUUGAUAACAGGCCGUUUGAACAUUUUGUGAACUCUGGUAUGCGUAAUGAUUGUGAAUCUAGAGGAGUCAAGAUGCAUCAGAAUGUUAGUCUCGUGAAUAAUAGGACUAAUAGAAAAAGAAGACGUAAGAAAUGUAAAGUUUGUGGUAAACAUAAUCAUUUUACGCGGAAUUGUUUUUACAACGUUAAUUAUGCUUAUCGGGUUUAUAAAAGGAUGCAUAGAAUUUGUGAAAAAGAAGGCUAUGAUAUUAGAGUGUGUUCUUUUGAUGGCAGAAAGUUUUCGGAAAAUGCUAGACGUAAGAAAGCAUAUUUUACUGAUAGGACACAGGAGUUUAGUACUAGGCAUAUUGAUGAAAAUGUUUUAGACGGCGGUCCAUCAAAUAUUGAUAAUUCAAGGAAUGAAUUAGGAGGUUGUAUAGUCACUGAAUCAGGUUCUACUUUGGAAGGUGUUAGGCACAAUGGGAUAUAUGUUAGAAGAAACUAUUCUAAUACUGAUGAUAAGAAAUAUUCAAUCUCCCAUAAACACGAGAUUGAUCUUGUAGAUAUUAAAAUUAAUUAUAGCCAGAAAUGUGGAUCAGCAAAUAAUGGUGUUGAACGAAAUAUUACUGACUCAUGCUACUUGGAGCUGAAAAGUAUUACUGACGAUAAUAAACAUUUUGUUAACAAGAUGAAUGAAUCAAUAAUCAUCGAUAAACAAGAACCAGGCCAUGGAAAUAGUAUAUUGAACCGAUUACAGAAAAAAUGUGAAUCAGCGAUUUGUGUGAACAGUGAAGGUGAAAAUACAGAGUCAGAUUUGAAUUAUUGUAAUUAUCCGAAAGAUAUGAAGAAUAAUAAAAUUGAAACUGAUGGAAUUGUUAUUAAUGAGAGUUCGGUAGAGAAAUAUGAUGACAUAAUUUUGAAUAGUUUGGAAAGCGUGUCCCAGUUAAGCGUUAAUAGCGAUGAAAUAUUUAUUGAAACAAUAAUUCUGGAGAGGUUUGAAAAACGAACUCAGACUCAGCAGACUCAGCGAAAGUAUUACAUGAGACAAUAUUGCUAGUAGAACGAGGCCUUUUAGCUGAUUUGCAGUUGUCAUUCAAUGAAGAACGCUGAACUGUUUGGGACUAAUACAUCAUUCGAUGUCAGAUAAAUUGAAAAUAAUCAUUGUCCGAUAUGAAGAAUGAUUAAUAUUAUGUUAUGUGGAAAUAUUAUGAGCUAAAAAGAAUAAUGAUUAGAGUAGAAUAAGAUAAUUAGAAUAGAAUUUUUAUUAGAUUUUGAUAUUUUUACUAAUAAUGAACUUUUCAAUUUUGGGAUUUUAUGAUUUUUUUUCACUGAGCUUGUAGGUAGUGAUAAUUUCAAUCGUUUAUGUCCAAUAAAAUUUUUCGAUUAGGGCAGUAGUUUUCGAGUUAGGUAUUUUCAAUAAUUUUCAAAAAUUUUCUUUUUGGGGUUUUGUGA